AUGAUUAUUUCAACCAUUCGUCUUUUAAAAUUCCAAGGGUCUUUAUUUUCAUUUUGUUCAUUGUAUCAAAAAUCUAAAAAUCCUAUAUUUUUUUGUUUAAAUUCAUCAAGAAAAAUGCAAAGAUUAAGAGUUUUAAGAUCCUCUUGGAUGCCUUAUUCAACAUGCAAAACAGAAGGAAUGUCUGUCAAAGAACAUUAUAAUAAGUCUAAAUCAUUUCUGGAAAGAUUAAGACAUUUAAUGAGACAAUAUGGCAUUGUGGGUGCAUAUGUUUAUUUUAGCAUCUGUCUAAUUGAUUUCGGUAUUUCAUUGGCUCUUGUAAAGUCAUUGGGUACUACAACGAUCGGAUUUUAUGAAAAAAAAAUUAUUUCAAAAAUAGAAAAUUUUAUAGAUUGGCGGCCCAAAAGUAGUCAAUCUCCUUUAUCUGGGAAUAGUGAAAGUAGAAAGAAUGAAGAGGCAAGUAUUUGGACAGAAAUAGCUAUUGCAUAUGGUAUUCAUAAACUAUUAAUUUUUGUUCGAGUCCCUUUAGCAGCAGCAUUAACCCCGCCGUUAGUUAGGUUAUUAAUUCGACAAGGAUGGCUGAUUAGCAAACACUAA